AAACUCUUCAACAGUCUGUGACUUUUUGCAGUGUGUCAAGUUUUCCAUUCGGUCCUGCGUUUUUACAAAUUAAUCCAGGAUUUUUGAGUAAAAUUUGUGAAGAUGCCACGUUUCUUUGCGACAGGAAGUUCCGACUCGGAAUCCGAGUCUCUGAGUGAUGAUGAGCAGAUUGCCCAUAAGCCAGUCACUGCACAAUUCUCGUUCAGUGACGAUGAGGAAGAGGUUAAGCGCGUUGUGCGAUCUACAAAGGAGAAGCGCUACGAGGAAUUGUCGAACAUCAUCAAGAACAUUCGAAACUACCGGAAAAUUAAGGAUAUGUCCAGUAUUUUGACUAGUUUUGAAGAUCUAACACGUGCAUUCGCCAAGGCACAGCCAAUUAUUGCGAAGGAGGAAAAUGGAAUCACCCCGCGUUUUAUUAUUCGUUCUCUGGCCGAAUUGGAGUCUUUCAUUACGAAUAUGUGGGAAGAUCGAGAGGGUAGGAAGAAUCUCUCGAAGAAUAAUUCCAAAAGUCUCGGGACCCUUAGGCAGAAAUUUAGGAAAUACAUUAAGGAUUUCGAAGAAGAACUGACAAAGUUCCGCGAAGCUCCGGAUUUGGAUGAUGAGGAGGAAGAAGAGAAGAUUGUCGAGGAAGAUUCUUCCGAGGAUGAAGAGGCACCAGCCCCCAAAGCUGUGUCCUUCAAAAAGGAACCAAGCGAGAAACCGGCUAAAGCACCCAAGGAUGAAGAUUCUGAUGAUUCUACAUAUUGGGGAUCCGAUAGUGAAUCUGACUAUGAUUCCUCAGAGGAGGAGCAUCAGUAUGCAAAUAUCCGUGAACGGUAUCUGAAGAAGACCACGGAAAAGGAUGAAAAGGAGGAGGACUAUGAGAAGAAGAAGCAGAAGAAGGUGAAGGAGGGAAAGAUAAAGAAACGUCGUGAGGAGGAUGAUGAGGAGGGAGAAUGGGAAACGGUGACAAAGGGGCCAGCUACGUCCGCAGAGAAACCCAAAAUGUUUGCAAAGGAUGCGGAAAUUGAUGUGAAUUUGGUGCUGAAUAAGCUGAUUGAGAUUAUGUCGGCACGAGGGAAGAAGCGGACCGAUCGUAGGAUGCAAAUUGAAUUGCUGAAUGAACUUUUGGAGAUUACGGAGCAACACAACUUGGGCACAGCGAUUGGCGUUAAGAUUCGUUUCAAUAUCAUUUCUGCUGUCUUUGACUACAAUCCCAAGAUUAAUGAACCAAUGAAACCGGAACUGUGGACGAAGCUGCUGGCUAUGAUGAAGGAAAUGCUGAAUCUCCUCAUUUCAGCCAAAAACAUCACUUUGUCGGAGUCAGUGCUCGAUGAGAUGGAGGAGUACGAUAAGCCUCCGUACAUGGUGUGUGGAUGUGCUCUAACAGCAGCUGAGCGUCUCGAUGAUGAAUUCACCAAGCUCCUGAAGGAGUGCGAUCCCUAUGGGAAUGAGUACGUUGAACGUCUCAAGGAUGAAGUAACCGUGACUGGGGUUAUUGAGCAGGUUCUCAAAUACGUCGAAGGUAUGGGCAAUGAGACGGAGAUCUGUCGUGUCUAUCUUCGAAAAAUUGAUCAUCUCUACUACAAAUUCGAUCCGAAUGUGCUGAAGAAGAAGAAUGGAGAAUUACCAGCUGACACUCUUACUUCCUUGGAUGAGAUGGAGCGUCUCUGCCGGUAUAUCUAUGCCAAUGAUAAUACCGAUCGUCUGCGAACACGAGCAAUUUUGUGCCACAUCUAUCACCACGCGCUGCACGAUAAUUGGUUCCAGGCACGUGAUCUUGUGCUCAUGUCUCACCUCCAGGAGACAAUUCAGCACAGUGAUCCACCCACGCAGAUCCUGUACAAUCGCACAAUGGCCAAUUUGGGGUUGUGUGCUUUCCGACAGGGCAACAUUAAGGAUGCCCAUCAGUGUCUUGUGGAUCUCAUGAUGACGGGAAAGCCACGAGAACUCCUGGCUCAGGGCUUACUACCGCAGCGUCAGCAUGAGCGUAGUUUGGAGCAGGAGAAGGUUGAGAAACAACGUCAGAUGCCAUUCCAUAUGCAUGUUAAUCUUGAGCUUCUUGAGUGCGUCUACCUUGUUUCGGCUAUGCUGCUGGAGAUUCCCUACAUGGCAGCGCAUGAAUUUGAUGCUAGACGUCGUAUGAUCAGCAAAACUUUCUAUCAGCAACUUCGAUCGUCUGAACGUCAAUCCCUCGUUGGUCCACCGGAAUCAAUGCGUGAGCACGUUGUGGCAGCAGCAAAGGCGAUGCGAUGUGGCAAUUGGAAUGCAUGCGCCACGUUCAUUGUCAACAAGAAGAUGAACACAAAGGUGUGGGAUUUGUUCUACGAAGCAGAUCGUGUGCGAGAGAUGUUGAUAAAGUUCAUCAAAGAGGAAUCGUUGAGGACGUACCUCUUUACGUACUCCAAUGUGUAUUCCUCAAUUAGUAUUCCCUCCCUUGCGGCAAUGUUUGAUUUACCCAAAUUGAAAGUACAUUCGCUCAUUAGUAAGAUGAUCAUCAAUGAGGAGCUCAUGGCAUCAUUGGAUGAUCCCACGGAGACCGUUGUCAUGCAUCGCUCUGAACCGAGUCGUCUACAGGCACUUUCAAUGCAACUCGCCGACAAGGUGACGAAUCUUGUGGAUGCCAAUGAGAGGAUAUUUGAGAUGAAGCAAGGAAACUUCUUCCAGAGUAAAAAUCAGGGUCUUCGUGAUCGUGGGAACUACCGUAACCAGGAUAAUCAGAAUCGCAACUGGAACUCCAAUCGCAGAGACAGGGACAACCGUGAAUACCGUGAACGUGGGAACCGCAAUCGCCGUGAGCAGCGCAUCGAGGAAGACUAAAAUCACUUUCUUUUUUCAUGUGCAUUUCUUCUUCGAUAUUACAGACGCUCCGAGACCGCAGAACUAAAGGCGCGCGCUAUGGCAUUAAAAAGCAACAUAAAGUUUUUUUUAAAUUAUAUAAUAUUCUUUUUUUUUAAAUUGAAUUUCAACGCAUCUCUAAAAUAAAGGAAGAUAGCGCAUAAUGGA